UUUUGUUCAGAGGUCUGUCGGCCAGGAGCAGCUUUCCAGCAGCAGCAGCAGCAGCAGCAGCAGAGAAAGUGAAGAGAAGUGAGGAAAUACAGAGAAGUGUCCCAUCCCGCAGAAAACAACACUUAUCUGGAAUAAACUCAAACGCCUCCGUUUGUUUCGUCAGGUUUGCUUCAGCGUUGUGUUUAUAACGGGAAGCCAGGAUGGAAAUGAUGGGUGAGGCUGAAAGGGGCAUCACGAAGGUGUCACAGUGGCAGGAGACAAGGUACAACAUGGACUCUGGUAUCCAGUCUGCAGCCCCCACAAUCAAUAGAGAUGACGACAGUGAAUACACCAAGCACUACACUAUGACCACCACGGUCACAAGUGAAGCACCAGAUGAGGCCCAAUAUCACACCAGAGCAGAGAGGGUGCGUGCAGCGAUGUUCCCAGAGACGCUUGCGGGAGGUACCAGUGUGCUCCUAACUCAGACGGACCCGUCCCAGAUGACCAACGUCCAGAAACUGGCCGAGCCCUCCCAGCAGCUCAAGGAGGCCAUCGUCCAUCUGAUCAACUACCAGGACGAUGCCGAGCUGGCCACCCGUGCCAUUCCCGAGCUCACUAAACUGCUCAACGAUGAAGACGCGGUGGUGGUCAGCAAGGCAGCACAGAUUGUCAACCAGCUCACAAAGAAGGACGCGUCUCGGCGUGCAAUGAUGCAGUCCCCGCUGAUGGUGUCGGCGGUUGUGCGAGCAAUGCAGAACACUAGCGACAUGGAGACAGCGCGGGCUACAGCCAGCAUCCUCCACAACCUGUCCCACCAGAGAGAGGGCCUGCUCUCCAUCUUUAAGUCUGGAGGCAUCCCUGCUCUGGUCCGCAUGCUCAGCUCUCCCAUGGAGUCUGUGCUCUUCUACGCCAUCACCACGCUCCACAACCUGCUGCUGCACCAGGAAGGAGCCAAGAUGGCCGUGCGUCUGGCAGAUGGCCUGCAGAAGAUGGUUCCCCUGCUGAAUAAAACCAACCCUAAGUUCCUGGCCAUCACCACAGACUGUCUACAGCUUCUGUCCUACGGCAACCAGGAGAGCAAGCUGAUCAUCCUCGCCAACAGGGGUCCUGAGGGUCUGGUUCACAUCAUGAGAAACUACAACUAUGAGAAGCUGCUGUGGACCACAAGCCGUGUGCUCAAAGUCCUCUCUGUGUGCCCCAGCAACAAACCCGCCAUUGUUGAGGCUGGUGGGAUGCAGGCUCUGGGGAAACACCUUACAGGGUCCACCCCGCGUCUGAUGCAGAACUGUUUGUGGACACUCAGGAACCUGUCUGACGCUGCCACCAAGCAGGAGGGCAUGGACAGCCUGCUGCAGACGCUGGUCGGCCUCCUCAGUUCAGACGACAUCAACAUGCUCACUUGUUCCACUGGCAUCCUCUCGAACCUCACAUGUAACAACGCCCACAAUAAAUCUCUGGUCACCAUGAACAACGGCGUGGAGUCUCUGAUCCAUGCCAUAUUGCGUGCUGGUGAGAAGCAGGAUGUGACUGAGCCUGCUGUUUGUGCCCUGCGUCACCUGACCUCCCGCCACCAACAGGCUGAGCUGGCACAGAACGCUGUUAGGCAACACUACGGCAUCCCUGCCAUCGUCAAGCUGCUCAACCAACCCUACUACUGGCCUGUCAUCAAGGCUGUGGUGGGCCUUAUCCGUAACCUGGCGCUGUGCCCUGAGAACCAGGCCCCUCUGAGGGACUCUGGAGCGAUCCCCCGUCUGGUCAACCUGCUGCUCAAAGCCCACCAGGAUGCUCAGAAACACGGUUCAUCCACCCAGCAGACAUACCAGGAUGGAGUAAGGAUGGAGGAGAUUGUGGAGGGAUGCACAGGAGCUUUGCACAUCCUGGCCAGAGACCCCAUCAACAGAGCCGAGAUCGCCAACCUGCAGACCAUUCCUCUUUUUGUUCAGCUCCUCUACUCUCCCGUGGAUAACGUGAAGCGUGUGGCGGCAGGCAUACUGUGCGAGCUGGCUCUGGACAAAACGUCAGCUGAGAUGAUAGACGCAGAGGGAGCGUCGUCUCCUCUGAUGGACCUGCUGCACUCCAGCAACGAGGGCAUCGCCACUUACGCUGCAGCUGUGCUCUUCCGAAUCUCAGAGGAUAAGAACUCAGACUACAAGAAGCGCGUCUCGGUGGAGCUCACACACUCCCUGUUCAGACACGACCCGGUUGCCUGGGAGGCGGCACACAACAGUAUGCCAGCAGAGGGACCGUAUCCAGAUGAGCUGGACGCUGGUUUCCAAGGCUACGGAGGGUAUGCAGCUGACAUUCCCAUGGACUGCAUGGAUGGGACCAUGAUGCACGACGAAUACGCAGGCAGCAUGGCCUACGACAGACAAGCAUACCCUGAGUACUGACCUUAAGACCCAGAGGAGAGGUGAAGAUGUUGAGGAGCAGAUGUGGGACCUAAUGGGACAUAAAGGAAGAGGGUCUAGUCAUGUGUAGAGAUUUUUCCCUUUGCUCUCGGCCUAAUGUAAUAUAUGCAAUUAUUACUGAGUACGGGACUCAUAAUGUUAACAGGGCUCAACUUUGUUUUAUGGCAUAAUUUGCUGAUUUUAUUUCUGACAACGGCGAUGCUUGUAGGUUUCUGUUAGAGGAACUUUUCCGAGUGUGUGCGUGUGUGCGAGUAUGUGAGCAUGUAUGUGUGUGUUUACGCUUUUGGGUGGGUAUUCUAUGCCAAAGAGAUUUUAUUUUGUGAUGAUAAUCAUGUAGCUUCUUCUUUUUUCUAAGAAAAGUUUAAAUAAAAAAAGAGAAUAAUAGUUGAAAACACUGCCAGAGGUGGCUGAACGUGCACCCGCUCACCGCUCUCUUUCUUUCUUAACGCCUUUGUAACAGACACUGCUGUGUACGCCGCAGUUCGACACUAUAAACUGUAAACUUUCUCCCGCUGUUGGAGAGCCAGUUAAAAUUGGCUCCGUCUUUCUCACAGCACUAUUUCAGUAGGAAUGAACAGACAAGGAGUAUGGCGGUCUCUGACAGACCUUUGAGAGAGCAGUGUAGGGCCAACCCCAAAUGAUGAGAUCAGCUGACAUGUGGAUAACUUUACAGAAUGUAGAUGUUUGUUUUUAGAAAAGUGCUCAUCUUUUUUAAUUAUACAUUGGGAAAGGUUCGUAUUAUCUGGCAUUACUAGAAUAUUAACAAAGUUGUCUUUCAUACAAACAGAACUCAAAGAAAUGAUGGUCAUGUGAUUUAAAAUCAGUCAACGUGAGAUAAUGUAGUUGGGGUCCGCUCUACAGCUGAAGAAAACUACUGACAGGGAAAUUUGUUUCUACUCAAGAGUUUUUACUGAAAUUUUGUUUAAUAAAAAUAAAGGAUAUAUUAAACUUUAAA